AUGCCUGGCGUCGCUGCUGGGCGUGUUGCCGCGAGGCUCCAGAGGCUGGGCGUCACGCUCCCGACCGCUGCGGCGCCAAAAACGAAUUACGCGCCAUACGUCUGCAGCGGGGCGCUGCUGCACAUCUCCGGCCAGCUCCCGAGGAACGACGAGGGGGCGUUCAUGACUGGCCAGUUGGGCGCUUCGCUGACGGUGGCGGAAGGGCAAGCGGCGGCCCGAGCGUGUGCGGUUCAGGUCGUGAGCCAAAUGCAGGCGGCCCUGGGCGACCUGGACCGCGUGCGCCGUGUCGUGAAGCUCAACGUGUUUGUGAACUCCGCGCCAACCUUCACGGAGCAGCCGUACGUUGCCGAUGGCGCCUCAGACUUUAUCCUCAGUGUGUUCGGGGAGGAGGUUGGUCGGCAUGCCCGGUGCGCUGUGGGGGCGGCACAGCUGCCGUUUGGAGUUGCCGUCGAGGUGGACGCGUUGGUGGAGGUGGCAAAUUAG